AUGUUUCUAACUUGUUUUGAAUCAUUCAACUUCAAACUUUUAUUUGACAAGAUAAAAAGGGGCAAAAACUUUAAUUUUGUUGAUAAAGAAAAUCAGACUUUGUUAACUGCAGCUGCAUCAUUAGGUUUUGAUUAUUUUAUUAAGUAUUUCGUAUCGAAAGGGGCAGAUAUUAACUUUUCACCACCACAAGGAAAUAAUCCAAUUGAAUCAGCAAUCAUUAAUUCUAAAUUCAGCACAUUUAAGCUAUUAAUCGAAUUAGGUUGUGAUAUCAAUUAUAAAAACGAAAAUGGACUAACUUUAAUACAUACUUCAGCUCAAUCAUCAAAUGUAGAUAUUAUUAAGUACUUGAUUGAAGAAAAAAAUUUUGAUAUUAAUCUUAAAAAUGAAAGAAAUGAGUAUUCACCUUUAUUGUAUGCCAUCAUUCAUAACAAUUAUCAUGUUGUUGAAUAUUUAUUAUCAAAAGGAGCAGAUUACAAUCAAAUUUGCAAUAAUUUAGAAAAUCCUUUCCAAACUGCAAUAAAUAAGGCAGAUUUUAAUAUUCUUUAUUUAUUUAAGGAUUUAACAAUUGAUUAUUUUCCAGAGGUUAUUCUAUUUCAAGCAAUCCAAACACUUGAUGAAAACAAAAUUAAAUUUGUUAUAGACAAAGUUGUCAAAAAUGGCAGAAAAGAGUUACUUAAUGAUAUAGAUAGUGUUUUAUAUGCAAUAAUAAACAAUUUAAGCUAUUCAAUAAAUUAUUUAAUUGAUAAUGAUUAUUUUGAUGUUAACCAAAGAGAUUCAACAGGUUUAUCAGCAUUAGCACUAUCAAGCAUAUGUGAAAAUACUUCUUUGAUUAAGAAAUUGUUAUCAAAGAAUGCAAUUAUUAAAACAAAUGAUUUGGAAAUUGUAAUUUCUGCAAGAAAAUGGAAAAUUGUUUCACUUUUAGUUGAUCACGUAUCAUAUAUUUCAGAAGAGAACAUUUCUUUGAUUUAUGGACCAAUCUAUUUCAAACAAACAGUUUUGGCAAAGAAAAUUUUGGAAAAAAUCAAAAUUGAUGUUAAUUUUUCCAAAAACGGAGAAGCUCCAAUUUUUGCAUGCAUUAAAACAAAGAAUUAUGAGAUGGCAAAACUACUUAUUGAAAGAGGCGCUGAUCUAGAAAUUACAGGUGAUAAUAAUGCAACUCCUUUACAAGUUUGCUGUAUUUAUAAUUCGCAUGAAAUUCUUCAAUUAUUGAUAGAAAAUCACGCAAAACUUAAUGUUAUUUAUGAAAAUGAAUAUACUCCUUUGAUGGUUUGUGCACUUUCUAAUGCAUAUAAUUGCAUUGAAGUGCUUGCAAAUAACAAAGUAAAUCUCGAAGAAAAAGAUGAAAAUGGCUUAUCUGCUUUCUUCAUUGCAUGCAAAAAUAAAAGUAUUGGAGUAAUGAAAAAACUAUUAAAAUAUGGCGCAAAUAUAAAUACAAAAUCUAAUAAAGGUGCUACACCAUUAAUGGUUGCUGCUUAUGCAAAUGAUACCAAUAUUUGUUGUUAUUUACUUAAAAAUGGCGCAGAUGCAAAGAUUGUCAAUGAUAGUGGAAAAUCCGUAUUGGAUUUCAUUAACAUGAAUAAAAAUACUGAAAUGUUAGGAUGCCUAUUAAAAUAUCGUCCUAAUGAUGCUAAGGUGUUGUUACCAGGGAACUUUGAAGAAAUUAAUUAUCAUUAUAAAGAUUUCAAACCACAGAGUCUAAAGAUAUAUGAUGAGAAAGAAAUGGGAGAAGAAACAAAAUUACCAGAUGUUCCAGAAGUAUCUCAAAUAGAAAUCGGAUCUCCUGUUUCAAAGUUUAAUCCAGAUUAUUUCAAAUGA